AUGGCUGACGAUGAGCUAGACCCGUUCCACCAGCACCAGCAGGAGCGUUCACAGCGCCUCUACCGGCCGAUGGAAGUGCUCAACGAGGAGAACACCUGGGAACUCGGCCAGCACACCCGCGCUGCCCCGGGGUCCCAAUCACGGACCCGCCCCACCCUCAAGCCGCGCCGGCCCCAUAACCUUAGAAACAAGUACCAGCGCAGCGAGUAUCUCCGCCAGAACCAGAAACACGAGCGGGUGGCGUAUAAGCGUGAGUACAUCUCUGCUGUCCAGGAACACCAGGACACUCAGGCUACUUACGCAGCGCAAGCUAAUGACCACACCCCUCACAUCGACCAAUUGAUUGCCGAGUACGCCGACAAUCACCUUGACGACGAAGCCAAUGAUGACGCCAUUGACGACGUCACCUUCGUCGACCUCCCAGAGGAGGAAGAAGACGACGUAUGGGGCGAGCUCGACGACGCCGAGGUGAUAUACUUGCUCGAACGGUUGCGGGUGCUGGAAGCGCAGCUGGCGCCAGCGAACCAGGGGCGUUUAGCGGGAUCCGGGGGUACCCGUGGUGCAGGUACACAAAAUCGCUCACACCACUAG